AUGUCAGAGGUGGCCCCACUCUCAUUGGCCAGUAUCGCUUGGGCGUGCGUCUCAAUGGAGGUCAGGCAGGCUGCCCUGUUGGAUCGGAUGGCGGGGACGCUGUUCAAAGCUCCAGUGGAUGAAGGGGUUGCCAGCAUGGCUGUAUGGACCUUGUCACGGGCGGAGCCUGACUUGCGCCGCGCCUUCCGUUUGGUGCUCUCCGCGCGCUGGCGGAUCCCCCCGGUGAGUCUCUCGGCGCUGCUGGAGGAGUGUGAGCAACGAGGCCUGCAUCAAGAGGAACGCCGCGUGCUGCGGCUGAUGGAGCAUGGGGAUCUCGCUCCCGUGGUCAUGGACACUUGUGCGUUCACGGCUGCAUUCAACACAGCUGCCGAGACCCGGUACAGCGGGGAUAGGCAGUGGCGGUGA